UACUCCAAACAAUAGUCAAGGAAAGGUAGGCGAAUCAAUACAUGUUGUUUGUUACCAUAGUUACGAUAAGGAUAGAUAAAUCAGUAGUAAUUUAACCGCAUUCAAAGUUCUUUGACAUUUAGGUGUAUGUUAAGUUAAAAAUGGAGGAAAUAAAAGACAAGGGAGUGUAUUACACCGCUGUUAAACUAUGCGAAGAUAUUAAACAAAUGCCUUCGUAUCCGAGCUUAUAUUCCGACGUUCAGAAAGUGGUGUCUUCGACAAGUGUAAAAAAUGACGAGUUCGGGGAUUCGUUAACGAAAGUUUUAAAAGAGUCGGGACUGGAAGCACGUUUGCGGAAUAGUGUCUACUAUUGGGUUCGGUCACAGAGUAAGGAACCGGCGCCGCCGAUGUUUGACAGCUUCUUUAAGAAGGCACAAAUUCAAUGGGAAAAACGGAUACAUAAGUCGUUGAAUUCGAUGUGCACGGAGUUGGGUAUACAUUUGGCAAGAUUGAGGACAAAUUCCGAUCGGGAGGAGCUCUUGGAAAAAUGGGGAGAGUUGAGCAAUUAUGACGUUGAUAUCAGCAAAUACAGGCCGGUGUAUUCUCCCAAGGAUUUCUUGGAGGUGCUGUUAAAUUUGAAAGGGCCCAAUUAUAAACCAAAACAGGACGAACCGGCUUGGGAUUUUUCACACAUUCCCAUCAAAGUUAAAGAAUUAAGCGAACUGAGGAUAUUGUACUCAGAGCUAUCACACGGGGAGGCUGUCUUGGGAAUUGACGUAUCUAGGAACGCGUCCUGCGGGUACGCAGCAUUUGAAGCCGAACGGAUCGAGUUAGGCGAAAAGGUGUUCGAGACUAAUCACGCGCCAAUUGCUCAAGAAUAUCUAAAGAAGGGUUGCCCACCAAGUUUGAGGACCAAGAUGUGGAAGCUGGUAUUGGGCUCCGACACAAACGACACCCAUCGCCUGCAGUACGAGAAGCUAAAAUCUCACGUCCUUCAGUAUGAUUUAAUGAUUGACAAGUUAAUCAUCAAAGACAUUCAUUUAACCGCAUCUAAUGACGAUCAAUACUUCGUAUUUGAGGACGUCUUGCAUCAGGUCUUGUUGUGCUUCUCUAGAGAUCCGGAAGUAUUAAAGUUACUACCCUAUAAACCGGGUUACAUGCAGGUUGUUUUAAAAGGCAAGUCCUCCGUGCCGGAGAGCACUCUAACUUUUCCUCCCAGCGGCGUCAUUCCCUUUCACGGAUUUACCAUGUACGCCGCCCCCUUCUGUUACCUAUUCGACGAUUCCGUCGAGUUAUACUUUAUGUUUCGGGCCUUUUAUUUGAGAUAUUGGUUUAGAUUGCACAAGGUUUGCGGACAUCCUCAGGGCAUAGUGUGCCUUUGCCUCUUGUACGAGCGACUUCUGCAGUGCUUUGAUACAGUCUUGUGGCACCAUUUCAAGAAAAACAACAUCCCCCCGAUCCGUGUCGUUUUCAAAUGGAUGAUGAGAGCGUUCAGCGGACAUCUACCACCAGAUCAGUUACUGUAUUUGUGGGAUUUAAUUUUGGCGUACGAUUCCCUGGAAAUAGUACCAUUACUGGCUGUGACAAUCGUGAUAUUUAGAAGAGCAAACUUGUUACGGGUUAAUACAUUGCAAAAUAUGGAAGCGGUUUUAGCCGAUUUAUCAUCGAUUUCUGUAAUGUCGAUGUUGCAAAUGAGCUUGUCUAAAGAGUAAAGUGUAUAAGUGUAUCAAAAUAAACUAUUACAAAAUUUAA